AUGGUCGAUGAACACAACCUGACACUCACCAUUGGAAAUGGGAUCAAGAUAAGCCCUAAGAUCACUGAAGCUAAUUAUCCACGGGGCCACUCACGAGCUGUGUUAUAUCCAGAUGCUAGAUUGAAGAUAGCUUAUAAUGUGUUCACUCUAUUUAAGAACUCAGGAAACAUCCGACCUGAAGAAGCCCUGAAUCUAGUUUUUUGCCAUGGAGCCCAGAUGUGUAAAGAGCUCUGGAAUUAUACGAUUGAACUUUUUUUCAAUGAUCCAGACCUCGGUCCUAAAUUAGGCAAGGUCCUUGCAAUUGACUAUGUAGCUCAUGGUGAUUCAUACUUAGCCAAUACUGAGAGCAUCAGUUUCGAAAACAGCUGGGAAGAUGCGUCUCGAGAUAUUAACGCUGUCGUCAAAGAAGAAAAACUAAUUGGCACUACGAUUCUUAUUGGUCAUUCUAUGGGCGGUAUGCAGGGCCUGUGGUCUGCUUUUUAUGAACCUGGUCUAUAUGAUUCAGUCGUUACUAUAGAUCCGCAGGGAUAUAGAGAAGAAAUAGACCCUGUAAAAAGUGCAAAAAUACUUGGAAAGAAGUUCAGUAAGCUGUACGAUACGAGGGCGCUUGACACUUUUAAAAAUUAUGACGAAUACUAUCACUAUAUGACAAAAAUAGGACUAUCUGCCAAGUUCCAUCCUCGAUGCCAAAAAGAUUAUAUUGAUGCAUCAUUUGUACAACAAGAAGAUGGAUCAGUGAUCAUGAAGACACCCCGCUGGUCUCAAGUAUCAGUGUAUAUCAGUGGUCAAACUGUAUAUCGCGAUAGUCUUAAAGUUUUGGGAUCUCUUGAUUGUGAGGUUUUGCACAUAUUCCCCACCCAAGGCUACAAAGAGGGAUCAGAUGCCAUUCGAGCAGCUUUACGAUUCGCCACUCUCGUCGAUAUACCUAAUACAGGACACCUGGUGCCCUUUGAGCAACCAGUAGAGACUUUUGAGGCUAUGAAAGGAUUUGUCCUCCGGAGAUAUCAACGCGGACUAGCAAUCGAGCGUCAGACAUAUGCCAGAGCCUCUUUCUCGCCGGCACAGCGAAAGCAGUUUGUCAAGACCAACUUCGAACAGAUAUUCUGGGGUCUCAAGCAGGGCAAGAGUCCACUACAUUCGCGACUGUAA